AUGGCCAACUGCGCUCGCCUUACUUUAUUUCGCUCACUGCGUCAGUUGAGGAAUAGCUCUGGUAUUAAGCCAGUUUAUAAUGUCAGAACGCUAUCGUCAGCUGUAAGAAAGCAUGCUAAGGAUAAAGUGGAUGAACCGAUCGAUAAAACAGAAUUAAACGUUAGCUUGCAUCGUCCUCAAACCACACAGGUUGCAGCAAAGGAUGAUGCAAUCGAUCAAUCCGUCGUUGCUUCGUACGAUGUUGAGCGCUUUAUUCCUGUCACAAGACGUGCACUUGUCCGAUAUAUUUAUCAAAAUCCCCAGUUGUUGUCCUCAGAAGAAAAGGCAAAUUUUGACCAGCUGGCAUUAACGCUAGAAGAUGCAAUAACCAAACAAUCCAAUCGUAUCCUAGAGGAGCUCAAGGAUUUAUAUGACGGUAUUGAUCCUGACAAAGAUACCAAAGCCAUUCGUCGUUUAUCUCGUAAUGAAAUACUCGAUAAUGAAUUUUGGCUAAUAAGGCAUGUCUCCCAUUUAUUAGAAAAGGCCAACUUUUACAAGAUACCUUCUGCUGUCGUAGAGAAAUCUUUACAAGAACAUAAAAGCAGUAGCAUAUCGGUUGUUGCUGACGCAUCCAAAUAUGAGGUCUUGGACUUAUGGGCGAGAGGACGAGAAAGGAUACACGAUGUUCACCGCUCGUUGUACUCUCGAAUGAUGGAUAUUAUGUAUUAUAAGAUCAGGAAUGUUAUGCCACCGGAACAAUAUCGCCGUGUGGUUGCAAUUUUACGUUCCAAAUCCGAUAAAAAGCUAACAUUAAAAGUUUUCAAGGACAUUCCUAAAGAUAACCUGCAAGCAUUAAUACCAGAUUUUAAGAUUAAAAUGGGUAAAAAUACUCGAAGAUUUAUUAUGGCAUCAGUAGGUGUUAGCGGUAUAAGCCUACUUGCAAAAUCUGUCUCAGCGCUAGCUCAGUAUCCUAUCGUGAACACAGUUUGGGUUGCAGCUGGAGUAGCUGCUGUAAUGGCUUUAAACGGAUACAAUGCAUACACUAACAAACGCAACGCUUAUUUGGUCAAUUGGUCCUCUCUUCUAUAUUAUAAAAAUAUUGCUAAUAAUCGUGGCGUAUUAGCCUUGUUAACGGAUCGAGCUAAUGAUGAAAUUGUUAAAGAAGCGAUCUUAGUUUAUGUGAUUUUAUUGUCAAAUGCAACCAAUGUCAAUUCAUCUAGUAUUGCCAGACCGAUAGGUAGGACGACUGUCGACUUAGUAGAGAGCCAAGUAUCGGAUUGGAUUAAAGCCCAAUUUGAUAUUAAUCUUCAGUUCAAUGCAGCCGAUGCUAUACAACGAUUAAUGCAACUUGGACUUAUUCGUCAAGAUGGAGAUUUUAUCUAUGCUAUUUCUGUCGACCAAGCAAUCAUACAAUUACAGUCAUUAUCAGCUGGUACAAUUUCAUUUGAUAUUAAAACUGAUGACUUAUUUAAGAAGCAAAUGAAACUAAAUUAG